GAAAAUUGUCGAGGAACAGCGCGAUGAAAGGAUGUUGCUCAUGGACAUUGCAGAAGUGUGGUUUGCAUCUCACUGCAGUCUGAAAAAUUAUCGAGAAAAUCCACCCAAGAAAAAAUCGACUAAGUCCACGUAAACAGUACCACUGAACUGUCAUCAGAUUGAGGUUAACCCCGACGGUGCAAAACCUAAUACUGUAAUCUCAUGGUGUUGAUAUCCCUCUCCUCGCUGAAGAUAAUAAUUUGGAUUGUGACAAAACGCUAAUUCAUUCAUUCAAAUUCUUUAAUCGAAAAAUUCAACAUGGCAAGUGUAGAACAAGUAAUGAAAGUCGGCAAUUUCAUGAAAGUGGCGCCAGGAAAAAUUGGAUACAAUUCAGAAAAGAUCAUAACACGGUACAUCCCAAAAACAAAUGGAAGUAUAUCUGGAUUUUCAUCUAUUAUCCAAUCGAUUGCUCGGGAAAGCAACAAUGAGGUUGUUCGAGAUAGUUUCAAAGAUAUUGAAACAGAGCUCCAAGUGGCACAAUGGAUUGAUUAUUCUGUGUUAUUUGUUUCGCCAGCUGCUAAAGAUAAACACGUUGCAAAGACAUUAUUAAAGGAGCUCAACAAACACCUGGAAGUUCGUUCCUACUUGGUCAAUCACAAGCUGAGCCUUGCAGAUAUUGUAGUAUUUUAUGCUAUUCAGGAUACCCUAGUCAAUCUACAGCCCUUGGACAAGGAGUACUAUCUCAAUGUAUCUCGUUGGUUUGAUCACCUACAACAGCAGAAAGGAAUUCGUCAGGACGAAAGUUUAAUCAAUUUCUCAACUUUACAUUUAUUUGGCUGGGCUACAGGCACCCACGUGUAAGGUCGCAACAAAUUUAUCGUCAACAAUAAUUAAGA